AUGGCGAGUAAUAUGGAACUUUAUAAAUUGGUUAUUUUGGGUGAUGGUGCAGUUGGAAAGACUGCUUUGGCAACUCAGACAUAUGAUCCUACAAUUGAAGAUUCAUAUAGAAAACAAGUGAUGGUUGAUGGUCAUUCAUGUAUUCUUGAAAUUUUAGAUACAGCGGGUCAAGAAGAAUAUGUUGCAUUAAGAGAUCAAUGGAUUAAGAACGGUGAUGGUUUUUUAUUGGUGUAUUCAGUAUCUUCUCGUUCAACAUUUGAUCGUAUUAAACGUUUCAGAGAUCAAAUUGUACAAACUAAAAAUACACAAUUUAUUCCUUUAAUGUUAGUUGGAAAUAAAUCUGACAAAAUUUAUGAUCGGGAAGUUUCAUUUCAAGAAGGGCAAUCUUUAGCACAUUUAUAUGGAUGUCAAUUUGUUGAAACAAGUGCAAAAUCAUCUGUAAAUGUUGAAUUUGCGUUUUAUAAUCUUAUAAAAGCGAUUAGAAAUUUGAAAAUGAAUAAAGAUCGAGUUGUUUUAAAAAAAGAGAGAAAAAAUAUUAUAAAUUACAUUUUUUGUGGCUUAUGUGGUUUAUAUUGA